UAAUUUUAAUUAUUUGAUUUUUGUUGCAUUGUUGAGUUUCAAGAAAAUUACCUACAUGAGUUAGAACUAAAAAGAAAGUCAUUGGCUCUAACUGAUACAGAAUGGAUGUGACGAAAGACAACUUCGCCUCCUCUCUGGAGCGGAUCCGUGCUGCCAUCUGCCGCAGUUCGUUCCUGGCUGUGGACUGCGAGUUCAGCGGACUGUCGACAGGUGGCAGCUCGAGCAAAUUUGACACCCCAGAGGAGAGAUACGCACAUCUACGGCGAACGGCCUCCGGGUUCCUCGUGAUUCAGUUCGGUCUGGCGGCCUUCACUCUGGAGAAAGAGAAAAACAGGUACAUUCAGGAGACAUUCAACUUCUACCUGUUCCCGCGCCACCAGAGCCAGGGCUCGUUCAUUUGCCAGCCCUCCAUGGAGUUCCUCCUGGAGAAUGGGUUCGACUUCAACAAGCUCAUAAAAGACGGCAUUCCGUACCUGCCGCCUGCCCAGGUCGAGUCACUCCGGGACCGACUGGAGUCUCAGCUCCGUGACUCUGAGGCGGCGCCGUCCCCGGCUCAGAAGGGUACCACCGGCACCUCGGGUACUCCUGGUACCACCCUGCAGCCGACGCCCGUACCGGAGAACCAAGCCGACUUCGUGGAACGGGCCAUAUCGGAGAUUAACAAGUUCGUGGAAGGCUCAGAAGAGUACCUAGACUUCCACAAACUCAGUCCAUUCCAGCGCAAACUUCUAUACGAUCAUGUACCAAACAGGUAG